AUGCAGCGCCACUCGAGGCGGAGGCUGCUCAAGUACCUUCCCGGCGUGCGGGUAGAGUACGGCGGGUCAGCUGCCAAGCUGCUUGACUCGUACCUGCACCAGGAUGCCGGCGCGAAGCACGCCGCCAAUCUUCCAGUGUCGCAGCGGUACUUCUACAUGAAAAGCAGGAACAACGACGCCUCCCCGUCGAGUGCCGCCGGUGCCUCGCAGCAACAUCAGAUGAUACAGCUGCGCCUCGGUGCUGCGCAGAUGCUGAGCUCCUCACAGCACACCAGCAUCGGCAACCUCAAUGAGGCCCACCCGCUCUACUACGCACAAACCUCCCCACGUGCGGCUGGGCUCACGGUGCCGCUGGUUUUGGCCCUCAAGCGGCUACGCAUCCAUCGCCUAACGGAGCUGCAAGGUGCGUUGGUGCCGCUGCUGCUCAAAGGAAAGCACGUCAUUGCGCACUCAGAGACCGGAACAGGCAAGAGCUUUGGCAUUGCGCUGGCCAUCGCCAACCGCAUCAUCCGUGACCAGCUGAACUACCGCCUCCACACCGUUGUUCUGGUUCCCACAAAGGAGCUGGCCCUGCAGUACGACAAGUGGCUGCGACACUUCGGUGGAUGCACGUCGCAGGUGGUGCAGGUCGCCAUCGACAGCAUCCCUCUCGAGGCACAGCUCGCCAAGCUGCACAACAUUCAGCCGCACGUGCUCGUCGGGACGCCGCAGCGCGUGGCUGACAUUGUGCGCCUAAGCCCCUCCAUCCUUGGCGAAAAGCUGCGGCGCAAGGUGGACUGCGUCGUCCUAGACGAGGCGGACAUGAUCAUUCAUGCCAACGUUGUGUACGGACGGCAGCGACUAAGCGGCGCAAACCUUGUGGACCGGCUUUUCCGCAGCAGGCGAGAAGAGGUGCCAGCACAACUUGUGGCCGCCAGCGCGACGGUCGACGGCGUCACGGCACAGACACUGAACACGUGGACACGCAACGACCGCACGGUGCGGCUGACAACGAGCUUCGUGGAGCACACGAUUCCGCCGACUCUUCAAUUCUACUUCUUUGGUGCGUCAAGGGCGUAUCCGCUGGAGCGGUGCCUCUUGCUGUCCCUUCAACUAAUCUGCACACAGCGGCCUGACACGCGCAUCUUAUUAUUUACCGAGGACGAACGCGUCGCCGAGGUGUGCACACUACUCACGUCUGCGGAGGUGGAAGGAGAGAUGCGCCGCAUCGCUCCGGGCGCGCUGUCACCUGCGAAGGUGUUUGCUGGGGCCCUGCAUGCUCUGCCCCGAAGCGUCCCUUCCGCAUACACCAAGGAAUCUCACGACCCAGACACCCCGGUGUCGCACGGCCGCGUCCCGCUCACGACCGCAACGCAGCAGACAGCCUCGUCCAGCGCAAAACGCGGGAGCGGCAACGUCUACGAGGAUGUGCGUGCCCACCAGGUUAUCCGGCAGCACGGUGACGUCUACGUGAAGAACAACAGCUCCCUCUCUCGGCUGAAUGAGGGCAAGCUGGUUGUCGGCGUGGGUAGCUUCAGCAGCAGCCGGGGACUGCAUGUUAACGGUAUCACCCACGUCAUUCUCUACGGAGCCUGUCCCUCGGCUGCGUGCUUCGUCCACUGUGCAGGGCGCACAGGCCGCAUGGGUGCGGAGGGCGACGUGCUGGUGCUGUACCCGCCAUCCUCUGGUCGCCAGGUCCAGCAAGUGUGCAGCUCGCUGGAGAUUCCGUUUCACUCGAGUCGCAUGAGUGCCGUGGAAGACCUCCUCCGCUCUGGCGAGGCACGCACUACCGAGUCCGCUGCUGGCGUCAUGAACGAAUCGGCGAGCGGCGCGGCGACCGACAACACCUGA